AUGGCUAUGGGCGAUGCUCACACAGGCUACCCUGACCGACCGGGGCCAGGACAGGCAGACAGUGACCGACCGAGGCCAGGACAGGUAGACAGUAACCGACCGAGGCCAGGACAGGCAGACAGUGACCGACCGAGGCCAGGACAGGUAGACAGUGACCGACCGAGGCCAGGACAGGUAGACAGUGACCGACCGAGGCCAGGACAGGUAGACAGUGACCGACCGAGGCCAGGACAGGUAGACAGUAACCGACCGAGGCCAGGACAGGCAGACAGUGACCGACCGGGGCCAGGACAGGUAGACAGUGACCAACCGGGGCCAGGACAGGCAGACAGUGACCGACCGGGGCCAGGACAGGCAGACAGUAACCGACCGGGGCCAGGACAGGCAGACAGUGACCGACCGGGGCCAGGACAGGCAGACAGUGACCGACCGAGGCCAGGACAGGUAGACAGUAACCGACCGAGGCCAGGACAGGCAGACAGUGACCGACCGAGGCCAGGACAGGUAGACAGUAACCGACCGAGGCCAGGACAGGCAGACAGUGACCGACCGAGGCCAGGACAGGUAGACAGUGACCGACCGAGGCCAGGACAGGUAGACAGUGACCGACCGAGGCCAGGACAGGUAGACAGUGACCGACCGAGGCCAGGACAGGUAGACAGUAACCGACCGAGGCCAGGACAGGCAGACAGUGACCGACCGGGGCCAGGACAGGUAGACAGUGACCAACCGGGGCCAGGACAGGCAGACAGUGACCGACCGGGGCCAGGACAGGCAGACAGUAACCGACCGGGGCCAGGACAGGCAGACAGUGACCGACCGGGGCCAGGACAGGCAGACAGUGACCGACCGAGGCCAGGACAGGUAGACAGUAACCGACCGAGGCCAGGACAGGCAGACAGUGACCGACCGAGGCCAGGACAGGCAGACAGUGACCGACCGAGGCCAGGACAGGUAGACAGUAACCGACCGGGGCCAGGACAGACAGUGAGCGACCGGGGCCAGGACAGGCAGACAGUGACCGACCGGGGCCAGGACAGACAGACAGUGACCGACCGAGGCCAGGACAGGCAGACAGUGACCGACCGAGGCCAGGACAGGUAG